AUCAACAAAAAUAACACAGAAUGAUACUUUAAAGUAGCGUUAUAUAAAUUUAAUUAAUUUUAAAAACAAGUGUAUUUUUAUAAGGCAACAUUAUUCUUCAACAAUAAUCCCAAUUAUUACAAGUGAUAUACAUUUUAACGUUAACUUUAUUUUUAUCUUUUAUUGAUAAAUCUAGAGCAUUAUCACAGCAUGUGUUUUUUUUUUUUUUAAAUUUGACAUUGAUAUUAACAACGAACAAGUAGCAAAAGCGAUAAACAACAGGUAGCAGAUAAUUAUUAAAAUUAAAUUUCAAUCUUGUAGAAAUUAUGUAGCUUAUUGCUGAUUAUACAAGUAGAAUGUAAAUAAUGUAUCUUGUAUUUAAUUUAUCUCUCGUAGUAAGAAUAUUUUAAGAUCGAUAGAUCGUGAGAGAUCCACAGGAUGGUAAGCGAUGAAUAAUAGCCAGCUUUCAAAAAACUUAAUAUUCUUGCAAAUAGAAACGUCUGUUAGAACUUUUUUUUUUCAAGUGGCAUUUGAAAGUCAAAUGUUCAGAUCGUGAUAUUUGUGUAAGAUAAAGCUCGUCUCUUUGUAGUUUUCUUGCUACAAGUUUUCUAGACAAGUUCUAGAACUUGAAGGAAUAAAAACGUCGUAAAACUUUUAGCAAAACAAACAAUUAAAAAACACUUAUUAAAUUUAAAUUUUAAUUCUAAAUUAAUAUUGAAUUUAACGAUGGGAUUUAAAUUUUAGAAGAAAUAUCUAUCCUAACAACGUAUGUCGCGUGUCAAUCUUGCCGAGUCAGACGGCAGAGUUAUAUCGUAUGCAUAUACUUGAGAUACAUUUUUAUUAUAAUUUUAUAUAUAUUGUAUCUCGCUAAUCAAUCACAAGCAGGACCUUAUCAUGUUAGCGUUCGCCGUUCGCGGUAUAGUCCUGCUCGGCGUGUUGAGUUGGUAUAGCGCCGCUGUAUGGAAGAUGAUCGAUGGUUACUUCAAGGACCAGUUUCGCGGUUACUUGCAGGACGAAUAUCGCAAACAUCCGCGGAUGAAAGUCAAUGUUGAAAGGACCAGGAUCGUGGAUAAGGGGCCCGUUCCGAGUGUGUCGCCGAUCGAAUCGAGUCUGAAAUACGCGGAGACCUACGAUCCUGACACGACUUGCCCGGCCGACAUUAUAGACGCUUGUCAGCAAGCAAUCGGAGCUUCGAGCGGAAAGUCGGAGGAAUCGGUGGCAGGUGGAAACGCGGCCGACACUGUUGGCGCUAGUCUCACCGAUAAAAAUGCAUUCCCGAAGGAUGAAUUUCCAGGUCGAUCAAAGCUGGAAAGUAGGAAAUCAUCGAGCGGCAGCGACGAAGAGAAUGAUGAAGAGCGGCAAGCGAGUGCCGUCAAUCAAAACAGCGAUCGUGAGAAUGAGGCGAUCAAGGAGUGUCCCGCAUCAUCCCCGCAUCAUCGUCGUCCCAACGAGAAGAGAUUAUCGGAAGUCUCGAAGGAAAUCUUGAAAAAAAUAUCGCGGAAAAAGCCAAAGAAACGAAGAGUAAAUACAAUUGUUCUGACGAAUGCCGAUUUCUCUGGAGCGAGGAUUAGGAACGACGCAAACGACGAUUUCUCAGAGUUCGAAGAAGAGGAUGGUAAGAGAGUCCGCGAGGAAGAGAUUCUUAUAUCGGAGUUGCCGUACAAGCCUAAAGCGGACAUUGGCGACUUGGAUAGGGUCACUGCAGAAGAGUUUUGUCCUCUGACCUUGGAGGAUGAGGCUUCCUGCGGAGAAACUACCACGUGGCCGUGACUACGCUUGAUGCACGUCGUUGCGUCGUAGAAUUGAAAGUGUUAGACCGAGAAAAGUUAUGCGCUAACAGCGGGAUCUCGAAAGGAUUAGGGACAUGCUGAGAAGAGAGAGAAAGAGAAAACUGCGAGUAUUAUUAGAAUAAAUCUGUUCAAUCAGUUUUGUAGUUCUAUUAAAGACACUGAUGAUAGAUGCAAUGUGAAGAUAUUUGAAAUCUUUAUGUUUUUAUUGAUGUACGGCAAUUCUUUUCACUUCAAUUUAACAAAAUAAAAUAAUGAUAUAUAAGAUA